UCAUGGUCGCCUGUCAGCUUUUUCAGUUCCUUAGUUUUGGGUUUAAAUUUCCCACUGCUAGCCAUUUCCAAUGUAAAAAAAUUAGUAGAGCAAGAUUUCUUGUAAAUUUCGCAUCGAUCAAGCGUCGCCGUAGAAACCGCGCGAAAUUUCAAAUUGUGACGUUGCAGAUGGCGCUCUGUAAUUUUUGACAUUUUGCAAUAACAAUAAAUGACAGAAAACGUGAAACGUCAAUUUCUAAUGUCAAUAAAAUAAUAAUAAUGUAAUUAAUGAAUGAUUUUCAAUUCGUAUUCAUAAUAACAAUAAUUUAUUCAGCGUAACCAGUAUUGUUUACAUUUUUUUAGCCUCUUCAUGUAUUAAUAAAAUAGGUAAGUGUUAAUUUUACUAUGAAAAACAAAUAGUACUUAUUAUUAAUUAUCAUUUGAAUCAAUCACAAUAGAAAAAACUAUUUACGUAAACGAAACUACAUGAACGACGCUUCUCAAACGAUAAAUCAUUUUAUGCACUUAACCUUAUAAUCAAUGAUUUGCAUUAUAGAAAGAUUUAAUGUUUUUUUGUCAAACGUGCUUAAUUACUGCUUUUACGUUUUAAAUGACGAAUUGGUCGCUAAAUAUGUUUGCAAGACUUUAUAUUCACUAUACUUAACCAAAAACAAGAAAAUGGUGCAACGAUCUUCUUGUGUCCAUUUCGGAGCAUCCACAGACAUUCCAAUAACAAAAUAUUUAAAUUCCUUGGAGAAGACACAGUGUGCAGAUUGUGACUAUAAAGGACCAAAUUUAUGGAUUUGUUUGCAUAAAAACUGUUUAAAAAUCGGAUGUUCUGAACAAACCAAUGACCAUAGUACCAAACACAACACUAACCAACCAUCUCAUUCAAUUCAUAUGAACUUGUCCACAAAUCGAAUAUGGUGCUACAAUUGCCAAUCGGAAGUGUUUGCAGAGACGGCUUUUAAUUCCGGAAUGGAAAGCGAUGCAGAAGCAGAAACUACAGCAACCACAAAAUCCAAAGAUUCCGGGCAUGGAAGUUAUAGCACUCUGAGAACGGACACCCCUGACAGGAACAGCGUUUUUGUCUUUGAGCGCAGUGUGGGUCUUAGCGUUGGCAUGAAUGGCGACGGUUCGGAAUCCAGCGACGAAGACGAUGCGGCUUACGCGAGCGUCGAAAGGCCUUACGGCCUCGUCGGCUUGCAGAACAUCGGCAACACGUGUUACAUGAACGCGGCGUUGCAAGCUCUCAGCAACACCGAGCCUCUGACGAAAUUUUUCCUCGAUUGCAACGCGGCCGUUCACGUGCUCUCCGAGGGCAGAAAGCCGGGCCUCAGCCGCACCUAUCAGGCCCUGAUGAAGGAUGUCUGGGUCAAAAAGAACGGCGGAUACGUCGUGCCGUCCGGUAUUCUGUACGGCAUCAGGAACGUCCAUCCGAUGUUUCGCGGCUAUCAGCAGCACGACACGCAAGAAUUUUUGAGGAACUUCAUGGACCAGUUGCACGAAGAGUUGAAACAGGUGGCAGCACCGGAGCCUGCCGUUGGCAACGAUGGAGAUACGUUUUCUUUGGCCAUGGACGAGCCAGCUUUAAGUUAUGAUUCCAGUGAGGGAGAGUAUGAGACUUGCGACUCGGGGGUUAGCGAAAGAUCCAGUCUGAGUGACGAUACAGAAAGGCCGGCUGCAAGUGCUAAAAGAAGAUUGAGCAGGUGCGGGAGCCCCAAUAGAAGACAGAGACCUCGGGUGCAAAGCUGCAGCGUUAUCGACUCUCAACCGAGCGCCGCCUCGUCGCAAACCUGCGUGCCGACGCAGAAGAAGCAGGCGAAACACCGCUCGAUCAUAUCGGACAUCUUCGACGGCAAGCUGCUCUCUUCGGUGCAGUGCCUGACGUGCAACCGCGUCUCUAGCCGCGUCGAGACGUUCCAGGACCUGUCGCUGCCGAUCCCGUCGCGCGACCACCUGGCCGUGCUGCACGGGCGCUCUGCGCCGGGCGCCGCGUGCGCCGACGCGCUGGCGCCCGUGCAGGACGGCUGGCUGGCGUGGAUGCUGACGUGGCUCAAGUCGUGGUUCUACGGGCCGACGGUGACGCUGCACGACUGCCUCGCCGCCUUCUUCAGCACCGACGAGCUGAAAGGCGACAACAUGUACAGCUGCGAGAAGUGCAACAAGCUGCGCAACGGCGUCAAGUUCAGUAAGGUUCUGCAACUACCGGAAGUUCUUUGCAUACACCUAAAACGGUUUAGACACGAAUUAAUGUUCAGCAGCAAAAUUUCCUCCGCCGUCAGUUUUCCCCUGAAAGGACUCGACAUGCGACCCUACCUCCACACCGACUGCACCUCGAACGUAUCGAACUACGAACUGUUCUCCGUCAUAUGCCACUACGGGACCGCAGGCGGCGGCCAUUACAUCUGUUUCGCCUACAACUCAGGUUAUUGGUACGAAUUCGACGAUCAAUACGUGACCAGAGUGACACCGGAAAAAAUUCUCACCUGCGAAGCUUACGUGUUGUUCUACAGGAAAGCCACGUCCUCGAUGGAGCCCAUCAAAGCCGAAGCUAUGAGCAUAGCCGAAGAAAUAUCCGAGGAGACGCAAAGACCGGUGUAUAUCUCAAAGCAAUGGCUAAACAGGUUCUAUUAUUGCGCUGAACCCGGCCCGAUAGACAACAGCGACUUUCUGUGUCGACACGGGGCCGUAGACCCGGAGCGCGGCCUUCAAAUUGACCACCUGGCCGUGCAAGUGCCCGUCGAGGUGUACGAAUAUCUGCACUCGAAGUUCGGCGGCUGUCCGACGUUGCCGGACGUCCGGCUGUGUCCGGCGUGCGAGGCUCUCGGCAGGAAGAUCGUCUACGAGACGGAGACGAUGCUGAAGCUGAGCAGGGAGAUGCGCAGCUGCGACGUGCCGCAGACGCACUAUUUGUCGACGACGUGGUACAACCAGUGGCACACGUUUGUGCAGAGGAAAACGCUGGAGCCACCCGGGCCCAUUGAUAACGCCAGAAUAGAGCAAAAUCAAGAUCUAAACGAGGCCGCAGAAGUGACCGAGGACAUCUGGUCGUUCUUCCACGGCAUCUACGGCGGCGGGCCCGAGAUCCGCAUACAUGCCAACUGCGACUGCGAGUCCGAAUGGCGCCGUUACCAAUCGAAUCGUCGAAGCGACAAACCCGACGACUCGGACGACCGUCGGCUGCACUCGCACGGCGAGCCGAUGGAGACCGAGGGCGCUUCGGCCGCGGCGACGGAGGAGGGGGAGGGAGAGGACGAGGAGGGGGGAAGAGCGCCCGCCGCGAUCGAGAAGUCGGUCGAGAACGGUCACGCGAUCGGCGUCGGCUCGGACCCGAACGUCGACGACGACGACAUCGACGAGGAGGAGGCGAACGAGAUGAGGAGCAGCGCGAAGCACCGGCGCAGGCGCAUCAACCUCACCGGCUUGUAGUCGCGUUUGGUGCGCGCGCGGCGCGGCAGUUUUAAGCAAUAAAAAUCGUGGCGUUGUCUCGUCAAGCAAGAAUGGUAAAUGACAAGUGAUAAUUUUGGUGUUGGUUGUUUGUUCUUCUUUAAUGAUAAUUGUACGACAAUUUUAUUUUAUUUAAUUAAGUGUCUUUAAACCAUUUUACAAAAAACAACCUACCAAAGAUAAUAAUAAUUUACAGCAUGUUUUUUCCAAAAUAAACAAAAUGGUUUAAAAACAUGAAACACAAAUGUACAUAAAUAAAAAUGGAAAUGGAUUAUAAUUUUUGUACAUUCUUUAAUUAAAGUUAGUUGUAGUAGAAUAAUAUAUUAAAUUGUGUAAAAACUUUAAGCCAAAUUAAAUAAAUAUAAAAGGCUCUCCCUGAUUGUAAAUACUGUGUACAAAGUAAUUACGUCGAUAUUUUUCCAAGCCAAAAAGAUUAAUUUAUGACCAGUAUUGUUCUACUGAACAUGGAGAUGAUACACAAUAUUUUUUUUUAAGUUGAAUAAAAGUGUGCUCAAUAAUUCCACAUAAUUAGUUUUCCCGUGUACCUGAACUUUGUUCUGUUUUUCUAUGAUAACCAAUCAUCUCCGUGAUUUUUCCAAGAAAAUGCAUUUAAUGUAUCACCGUUGAAAAGUAUCUCGUUUUUUUGUUUUAGCAACAUAAAUUUUGUUUCGCACAUAAAACGAGAUUUUUAUAUUUUCGGCGGCGAUAUUUAUAUUUAAUGGUAAUUUUUCACUUAAAUAUUAUGUGUAUGGUGUACGCAGAAUAAUUUAAACAUGCUAUUUUUAAUUAUUCUGUGGAAAAAAGAUAGGAAAUUAAAUAAUUAAAAUGUAUAUAUUUUUAAACAAACAUUUAUUAAUUUGUUUUUUAUACCAUUCAAUAAUUUACAGAUGUAUAUAACAUUUUUUUGUUAUAUUUUUUCUUGUGAUGUUUUUUCUGUUAAUUAUUUAUAUAAUUGUUAUAUUUCCUUAAUACUUGAAUGGUUAAAUUUAGAUAAAUAUACUUUUUUACUUGAUUUUUUAAUCUAUUGCUUCUAGUAGAUAAUUGUUUACACUUCACCACAAAAUUGGUGGUGAACCUAAAAAUUAUUAUUCUUUCUGUUUAAUAAAAUAUUGAAUUGCAAUUUUUUGUUUUAUUAAAAGAAUUCCAGGGAUAGGGGAAAGGUAGGUAGAGAAUAAAAAAACGCUCAAACUGAAAAUUUCUAUUAGCUACAAAAAGAUCUAAUUAAUACAUUUUGGUCUUGCAUUCAUAACAUGACUUAUUAUUAUAUAACAAUAUUAACAUGUACUGUAUAUGAUUUGCAUGGCUAUUAAACAACUUUAUUUAUUUAUUAUAAUACAGUCGGAAACUUUAUUUAUAUUAAGUAAUUAUUUUGAGUAGCACUGUAUAUUAGAGUGGGCGAAUAUCCGCUUUUUUCGAAAUUAAUUUGGUAACAGCAAAAAUAGGAAAUUUAACUGUUGCAUAAAUGUUGCAGUUUCAGAGAUAAUUGCGAUUUUAUUUUAAAAUUGUCAUUUUUUAACAAAACUUUCUUUUGACAAAAUCUACUUAUUUUUGCCUUGUCAAAAAUGAUUUAAUUUAAAAAUAAGUAGCUUAAAAAUCUUACAAUUAAUUUUGUUAAAAAAAAUUACAAUUUUAAAAUAAUAAUUAUCUCUGAAUCUGGGUCAUUCCACGUUACUCGGGGAUUUUUGUCCCGCCCGUCACAAUU